UUUGGAUUGACGGAUUGAAAGAGUAACAGGGGUGGUUGAAUCAUUGGAAGCCAUGGAGUUAGGAGAAGCAGGAAAAUAGGAGGAUGGAGAGCAGCUGCGGUCAAGAAAUGUAGAGGACUGGUAAUAGACGAUUGAUGGGAAGGAGAAGAAGAGGAAAAAGAUGAUGUUGUAGGAUGAGAAAGAAGGGAACAGUGUGACGUCGAGGACGGGACAGGAGGCAAAGUAGGGCCAUGGAACACAAGUGAAAGCUAUCCCUGGCGAGAUUUGUGGUUUGGCCGGCCACGAAUCUCCGCAUUGCCAAAGGUAAUACCGUAAUAGUAAUAGAGAGAGAAACCGGGUUUUCAUUUUUGCAUUGCCACGAAUCUCCGGUCCCCGCUCGGCCUUUGUUCACUUUCAAGUAAAACCGGGGUUUUUCAUUUUUGCAUUUUGCUGACUUUUUAUUUGGGACUCUUGACUUUGUCUUAACUUUUGUUUGACCGACCAGCCCUAAUUCCUAAUUCUUCACCUCACCCCCAGCCGUCACCACCGCAAUUCCUACCCCACUUCCCUUCCUCCCCACCCAAUAUGCCUCCUCCGCUCAUCAGAGACAUGACCGUAGCCUUGUCUCCGUCAAUACCGACGCCGGCGACUUCAUGUUGCUAAGAUGAUGUUGCUCCGUCAAAGUUUUAGAUUGAAACAAGUUAUUACAGUAUUUCAACUCGAGGGAGUUGAUGAAUAUACAUAAUGGCAGUGGUAUUGCCUGUGGAACAUUGGAACUGAAUUAAAGAGAUUUUUAGGUGAUUUCUUUUAUAUUAAGGUUUUUGCUUUUAGCAUGGCCUCUGUUGAGAACAGCCAGAACCUUGAACCUGACGAUGACGAGGUUAACAAUGAUGCACACGAUCUAUUACUCGGUGACCCACACCAUUACACUAUCACAGCCGUUGGGCCUGCUUUCGAACAGUCUCCUAGGGUGGCGGCGGCGGUGGACCCAACCCCAUCUCCACCUCCACCACCGCCUCCUUUUCUGCAGUCCUCUGAUAUCGUUCCAAUGCUCAAGGAAGAGCCUGCAGAUAAUGACGUUGAGGGCUCAAUCCCAGUCGGCCUCACCCCCAUUCAUCACCUUGAUAAGCCCAUGCUGCUGGCGCCUCCCAAGAGGUCCUCCAAGGACCGACACACCAAGGUGGAGGGGCGCGGCAGGAGAAUCCGCAUGCCUGCCACUUGUGCUGCCAGAAUCUUCCAAUUGACACGGGAGCUGGGCCACAAGUCCGACGGUGAGACUAUCCGGUGGCUACUGGAGCGAGCGGAGCCAGCAAUCAUUGAAGCCACCGGUACUGGCACUGUUCCGGCCAUUGCCGUCUCAGUUAACGGGGCAUUGAAAAUUCCGACCACAUCGAGCACCAGUAUGACGGCCACUGAGGGUGACGGGGCUAGGAAACAAAGGAAGAGAGCCUCCACGAGCGAGUUUUAUGAGGUGAACGAUAAUUCCAGUUUUGCACCUGUCGCACCCAUUACCCCACAAGGUCUGGUGCCGGUUUGGACGGUGGGAGCACACGGGGCCCCUGGGAUGGUUCCCACAAGUGUGGUUCCAAGCGGUGCGUUUUUUAUGAUCCCUCCUACUGGCGCCACCAUUGCUGCUGCUGCUGCAGCUGCAGGUGCUGUUCCUCCCAGGCCUUCUAAUCAGCCUCAGUUGUGGGCCAUACCUGCAGCAGCAGCUACGCCGUUUUUUGGCGUUUCAGGCAGGCCCAUUUCUAAUUUUGUGUCCGCAAUGGAGCCUGGGCCUUCGGUUAAUUUUGCUACUGAUGGUGGUGGGGGUGAUGAGGGUGAGGGUCGUAUGGGGUCUGCAUUGCCCAAUAUUGUUGGGAGCGGAGAUAAGAAUUUUUCAGGGAAGAUUUCCGCAAUGGCUCCAUUUGCCAGUAGUACUAGUAGUAGGGAUGGUGCAGCAACUGUUGGAACAAGGGCGACUGGGAGUCCUACUGGUGCUACUUCAGCUCAAGUGUUGAGGGACUUUUCACUGGAGGUUUACGAUAAGAGGGAACUUCAGUUUAUGGUUGGUGGUGCUGCUGCUGGGGCGGGGAAUGACCAAACUCCAUCUUCGAAAUCCUGAUAGAAGAUAAAAAUAGAUGGGUGGACUGACAAAAUGGUUAGGGCUUUAGGAGGUUAGCAUUUUUUUUUCUAAUAGUCCUAGAGCAGACAACACAAUCCUUCGUUUUUAGAUUCUGCUAGUUUUUUUUUUUUUUUGGUUCUUUUUUUCCCCUUUUUAUCUAGUAGUGAGUAUUCUUUUAGUUUCCCCAGUGGAGGCUGUCUGUUUUGCUAAUCUCUUAGCUGGGUAGAAACUUAUAGGGAUCAUUUCUAAGGAUGAACUUGUUUUGCUGAUCUUAUAUAGUAGUAACUCCUCUCGUUCUUCCC